AACGAUCGUUAGAUCAUACACAAGGACGAGGAGAGUUGUUUAGGAAGAAUUGGAAACGACUGCUGGAGUGAUUGUAGUAUCAGUACGAAGGACAACUAUCCAACUAUCCAAUCACAGGAAGAAACUCAAGUCAUCCAAACUGCUUAAUUCACACUACCUUUUCAAUCUGUAUCACCACCACCAAGAUGCUGUUCCAAGACCUGGCCACCGAACUGGUUACCCAGGUAUUCUUUUCUUGUAACAGCAUAGUCGAUGUCCUUGCGCUUUCUUCAACAUGCCAUCGCUUCCGCAAAAUAUAUACAUCCUCGCAGCGUCUAGCCAUCCUCGAGAGCGCCGCUGAGACUCAAUAUGGUCCACUUGAAGACCUCACGCAGCUGCUUACCCACAAUUCGAGUCAGCCUGCCCACAUCAUUCGCGAUGUUCCGUUCUCCGCCGCUCUUCUCAAGCAAAUCGUACACCAUGGUCGAGUGGCAGAGAAGUGGUGCGGCAUCUAUCCAUUCAAGAAAUGGAAGAAUAACUACGAAAGCCGCCGUCUUCUAACAAGCGAAGAGCACUACCGUCUUAGAAGGGCAAUCUACCGAUCAUGGCUGUACUCGCGCGCCUUCCACAACCGCGACCAUCCUCGCGAGCUCCGAGCAACAAGACCCAUGCUACAAAAACGCGCCGCUCUACUACACAACUGGAACAGCUGGGAGCUCGCCGAGAUCGCAGAUGUGAAUGCCGUCAUCCGCGAAGUCGUCCACAGCAACAUCUGCCCUUCCAACGGCACCAUCGCGCGCAAAUUCAAAAAGCGCUUCCCCGAAAACGAGCACUCCCUGCUCUUCAACAUCCACCUCAACUACCCCCCGCCACAAACACACAACCCCUUCGCAGCGCACUACCACAUCACAACCAACAAUCUCUCGGCCCACUUCAAUAACACCCCAACCUAUACCUCCCGCUACGCAUCCUCGAAGUUCAGUCUUCUGCCCAACCACGAAAUCGGCGCCGAGGGCUGGGGCGAUGAUAUACCGCACUACUACGUCAUUGAAGAUAUGCUGAAGCUGGAUCCGGAGCAGAUUAUGUGGCUCAAGGAGAAUGCGCCGUUGAAGGGGAUGGUGGAGGGGUAUGUGAGGAGCUUGGGGGAUUGGUUUGAGAAUAAUGGAGAGACGUGGGUGCCGACGCUGGAGUGGGUGUUAAACCAGCGUGGAGAGGAUGUUGGCGAGUUCAUGGGGGCUAUUGCAGAUGGGGAGCUGGGCGUUGCUGUUAAAGAGGAGUAG